UCCUUCCGGAACAACUUUAUAAGUUUCCGCUUGCUACCUUCAUAAUAUACCACAAAGCCUACGUGUUUGUUUAUGCAGGGCCGUUGAAGCUUCCCGUCCUCCCGUUCGAGUCCAUACCCGACGGGUGUAAACAAAAGACGAGCUCCUAAUCAGGAAACGACAAAAGAAAGGAGUAGAAGCAGAAGCAGAAGCAGAAGCAGCGAUAGCAAUCAGCAUUCAAGAUGCCGCCUUCGAGGAGUUCCAACUCGGGUCAGGUCAUUGAAUAUAUUCCUGACCGCCUUUACCUAGCAUCCUACCUUCAUCCUCCUACAGCCGACACCGUCUUUCCCUACUCCGAACCACCACCAACUCGCUCACCCACUAAGCGAUCACAAAGAGCUGUCGACGGGCCUUCACCUGCUGUGUCCAAGUCUGAACGACACCCCCCUUACUACUUUACGGUUGAUGACAGCCUCCUGUACAAUGCAUUCCACCACGACUUUGGCCCACUUCACAUUGGUCACCUGUACCGUUUCGCUCUGCAUUUUCAUGAUGUUCUUGGUGCAAAGGAAAACCAGCACAGACCAAUCGUGUUUUGGAGCCGCGCAGACCCGAGGAGUCGGGCUAACGCCGCUUGUUUACUUGCCUGUUAUAUGGUCUUGAUCCAGUCCUGGCCCCCUCACUUGGCCCUAGCACCAAUUGCGCAGGUUGAUCCACCUUUGAUGCCUUUCCGCGACGCUGGAUACAGCCAGGCGGACUAUGGUAUUACUGUGCAGGACAUUGUGUACGGUGUGUGGAAAGCCAAGGAGGAAGGCUGCUGUGUCUUGGAUAACUUUGACCUGGACGAGUACGAAAAGUUUGAGCGAGUAGAGCACGGUGACUUCAACUGGAUCACGCCUCACUUCUUAGCAUUCGCAUCUCCGCAACACAGCCCAGUAGCACGCAUCACAGAGUCGUCAGAAUUAUAUGAUACUCUUCCUAAGACACUCUCCGCGGUCGACUCUCACCCCAGCCUCCCUCAAUCCUUCAAGAACGUCCUAAGACACUUUUCUGAGCGCAGCAUCGGCCUAGUUGUCCGGCUAAACUCGCCUCUAUACUCCCCGUCCUACUUUGAGGCGUUAGGGAUCCAACAUCUCGAUAUGAUUUUUGAAGACGGUACUUGCCCUCCCUUGAGUACCGUUCGAAAGUUCAUCAAGCUUGCACACGAGACAAUUACUGUCCGGAAAAAGGGCAUUGCGGUCCACUGCAAAGCCGGUCUUGGAAGAACCGGAUGCCUGAUUGGAGCAUAUUUAAUUUACCGCCAUGGGUUCACAGCAAACGAGGUGAUUUCCUUCAUGCGAUUUAUGCGUCCUGGCAUGGUUGUUGGCCCUCAACAGCAUUGGUUGCACAUCAACCAAGGUGUUUUCCGAGAAUGGUGGGUUGAGGAGAGGAUAGAGAGGAAAUUAAGAAAGGAACUAGCCGCGGCGAACCAGGCGCCCAGCACACCUAUCCGAGCCAUGCAAAAAGCUACUUUAAGCCGAAGCGCUCAAGCAUCCACACCACCCAGCAGAAGCCCCUCAAACCGCACGCCUCUAGGCGAAAUGGAUGGUGAACGCCGUAACGCGGGUGCGCAAGAAGACUACUUGCCUGCCCCGACACCGGGUCAGCCGCGGAAGACGAGUCGCAUAGACCGACACCAUCCUUACCAGCGAAAUGCAGCUCAGCCUUCCCCAGUUGAGGAGGAGCGUGAAGCGACAGAGAAGGAUACGGAGGUGAUUUCCGUCCACAGGCGAUCCAACGAUGCCGAAUCCGGAGAGGAAUGGCUCCUACGCAUGCGAACGCAUCGCAAGACAUCGCAUUCGCCAGGCCGCAGUGAAAAGAUAAGAUCAGUAAGCCAAAGCACGACAACAAUCUAUCAGGUCAUAGAUAAUGAUGCAUCUAAUGACGCUGAGAAUAUUGGCAGUGCUCGGCCAAAGACCAUCGUGGAUCAUGUCACCGGUUCGCCAACACGGUCGGCGAGCGCUUCAGGUGUAUUGACCAAGGUCAGGAGCAGCAAGCGAACAGCCGAAUCCAGCCGUAACAAAGACACGGCGGGUGUACGCAAGACGAGCGGCCGGGUUGGCAGUAUCAACGCCAGCUCGAAUACCAACUCGACGGCACGUAAGGUUUCCGCGAUAUAGGAAAGGGAGUCCUUACUAUUGCCGAACUGAGGGUUAAAUGGCUGUUUGAUAUUGCGGUUUUUUAAUGGCAUAUUCGAUGAUAGUUAGACUCCAUGGACCAGCUAUU